AGGCACUCGAAAGCACUCCGAUCCAUGGAAGAGAAAAUAUUGGUGACAGCUUGGAAGAGAUGAUGUUAGCUCUGAGGACAACAACGCUAGAACAUGCGAAGACAAUCUCACAAAUGAAGCAUGACUUUGAAAACAUGAAGAAGGCUACUGGGAAGCUGAGUACUGACUACGAGAACUUGAGGAAAGAGCACGAGAACCUCAAGUCUAGCUUCCAGGAACAUCUCCAGGAAAAAGACGAACUUAAACUUCAACUAAACACCACGCGAGAGAGACUUCAAUAUCUUGAGGCCAUUAGCCUUCAAAUAACUCCUCGAACGUGUCAGACGCUGGCCGACUUGGGAGUGACUCGGACAGGAGAAUACCUCGUGGAUCCUGACGGAGCGUUGAUCGGCGAUGCACCAAUCAAAGUCCUCUGUGAUAUGGAGACAGGUCGUUGAAAUCCAGUAUCCACGAUUGUCCUCCAUGAUUCAAUGGGAAACACUGC